CUGGGUAAACCGGGAAGCCGUAGUCCGCGGACCGUAGUAAUCGUAGCAGCUCCGAACAGUCGACGACAUUCGGAAGCCGCGGACACUCAGGAAUUCAGAUAAACAAUGCGGCUUCUCCUCUUCAAAUUGUGCCCACUACUGUUCUUCCUGACGGGGAUCGUCGCAUCAGGGAUCGGCAAAGCGUGGCAGGUCCUGCCAUACGCGACUUAUGACUGGGCUCACCCAUCCUGGCCACGAUCAGCCUCCUCACCGUUCGAAAUUCGUAGCGUGAGCGGCGUUGGCCGUCUGGAUCAUUCGGAAAAUGCUCAAACGGAUCUCAAACGCGAUUCUCCUGCAACCUCUUUUCUUGGUAGCAAGCCUCGGGAGAGAUUCGAGCGAGUUCUGCUGACUGCCGACGAUGAACAGAGAAACAGAGACGAAAACCGAGACGUACCGGACGAUCCAGAGAUUCACGAGAAGAUCUUCCACACGGGGCUGAUGAUGACGGUUUUUCGGCCCGAUGACGGCCUCGGAGGGGUCACUGCCAAUACGGGAAACGAUGUGUUAAGGGUGCGACGAGAUGCUGACAACGAGACGAAGAUGGAGCAGAUCGCUACCACGAAGAACGUCCGGGAAGGUCGUAUGAGUUCUCCGGAGACUUGGUCCUCUCAGUCGUUGUCGGUGGAGUAUCCUCAUCGAGGAAGCUUGGAUCAGAUGAUCCAGCAGACAGAGGAGGACCAAGAGUCGCCUGACGGAAGGGGCUACCAGAACCGCAGGGCUGACUUUGUUACCAGUCAUCAUAGACGAAGUUACGAUCACAGAGAUAUGCCUAUGCACAGGGCGUACGAUGACUAUGAUUACUAUAGGAACCUGCCUCGAGAUCGGGAGUAUGAUCCUGUCGUCUAUCGAAGAAGGUACAGCUACUAUUAUCCUGAUCGCUACCGAAUGGAGAGGAAUUACUAUAUGCAUGUCCCACAGGAGAACUCUUAUUACUACGACAGGUACAGGGACGAGGACCUGGAUCUCUACCGAGGUCCCAGACCAACCCCAAAGCCAAAAAGGAUCAUCUACUAUGCGACCCUACCGGAGGUUGUCCGGAAACCAGUGGACCUCAGGAACUAUCCUAGACCCUAUGAGGGAACGAGGACGCCGGUGUCCAGGGACAGGUCCUACAAACGCAUCCCAGGAAACGUUGAUCCGAGUGGAUACCGUUUCAGACGACUCUACGACGCGUACGACUCCUAUCUAAAAAGAUCGAGCUUCGACAGGCCCUAUUCCUAUCCCGAUGAGGAAGCUAGACGAAAAAUGUCACUGGAGAGUCUGAGGAACAAUGAACCAAUUGAUCAGAAUAGCGACAGGAAGCUGGCUAGUCAGGUGUCCAUCAGGAACGAUGGGAAACUGCCCUGGCCGGUGCAGAUUGGAACUGAAGUCAGCGUUAAGGAUGAUGAUAGGGUACCUGGCAGGAAGAUCUAUGGAGAUAGCAACGGUUAUGAGAGAUUCCAGAAUGCCCAGCUGCAGAAGGCACCUGACGCUACUGGGUCCAGUGAAUUGCAGAGCGAUAAUUAAAAAUUGAAUAGUCGUUUAGUUGUGGUUCGGUUGGAUUGUGAAUCGAUUUGGAUCGAGAUUUAUGGUUCUCUAGAGGAUUGGAGGACUUGGAUAAGUUGAUAUACCGGGUGUCGCGAGAAAUUUGUGCAGUUUGUGUUUUUAGAAAAUUGAUGUUUCUUGCAAAUGUUGAGUUAGCGACGAUUAGAUUCGUUUAAAGCCUUGACGAGUAUUUUACUUUUUUUAAGGCACUUUGAUCUUGAAUGUUAAUUUAAGGUACAAGUUGAAUAAAUUUUUCUCUUAAGAUUUAUUCUUAUUAAAUUUAAUAGAGACGAGGAAAUAAUUUUUAUAGAAUUUAAGAAAGUAAUUAUGAAUUUAAAUUACUCGUUAGAAGAUAAUAAUGGAAGACUGAAGAACACGUGCUAGUAAGUAGCUAUGUCUGAUCAUGGUAGAGUGUAUCUACUGACACGAGCUCGACGAAUCUUCGAAAAUCAAUAUAAAUUAAUUUUUAGAACACAUAUGACAUAAUUAGGAUUCAAGUUCAGCAAGGAUUUCCAAGUCGAUUCAUUCUUCGAUCGGACCAAAAGUAGUCAAUUCCAAGAAAGCCCUUUUUUGAUAAUUGUUCACUUUGAUACGCUGCCUUUUUAAUUAUUAAUAGAUUGCGGAUUUUAUGCAUUUAUAGUACUUUUGUUUUGACGACAUGUCUAGAAAUUUUGGACACAGAUUUUCUUUCCAUAAAAACGACUGCGAAAAGGAUUUCCGAUGAUUCAAAAAAUACUCUCAAAAAUGUUGAACAUGUAAAAUUUCAGCAAAAUUCGAAUAUUGACGUACGUGUAAAAAAUGUAUAUCUGCAUAAGGUUCCGCAGUCUAAUUAUUACAUGACGUUUGUUAAAAGUUGACGUGCAACGUUUAUUGUGAUCCGCGGAUUUCCGUCAUCUUACCUACACAUGUAUCGCUAUUUAUAACUCAUGCGAUCAAUUCGUGGUACUUUAGUCCUAUUUAUCGACGAUCGUUCUUCGAAUUAUACUUACUACUUCGUAGGAUCCUAAAUCCAUUUUUAAUACCAAAUACACUCUUUGAAAACGUU